AUGCGUUCAGAUAAAUUCCCCAUUAUGACUUUGAUAGUGCCGACUUCGGACGUGCAGGGCGUGUUGGGUAAGAAGGCUUCCCUACCGUGCGACAUCCAGCCGCUGCAUUCAGACGACGCGGUGGUCAUGGUCUUAUGGUUCAAGGAGUCGGAUGGGGAACCGUUAUACAGCUACGAUAUCCGUGGACGCUCCUACAACCAGCCGAAGCUUUGGUCCUCUCCCUUGGUGUUUGGGAACAGGGCGUAUUUCAGGGGCGGUGCCACCCCUGCCGUCCUAAUGAUAGACAAUGUGAUGGCUAUGGACGCUGGCGUCUAUAGAUGUAGAGUGGAUUUCAAAAACUCGCCUACGAGAAACUUAAAAGUUAAUUUCACUGUUAUCAUACCCCCAAGUCGUCCGACAAUCUACGACGCAAAGCGACGCGACAGAACAAAGCUCGUGGAGCCGUAUAACGAAGGCUCUAAUGUUUUGUUAAUCUGCGAGGUAGAAGGAGGUCGACCACGACCACGUGUCACGUGGUAUCUCGAGAACGUGGUCAUAGACGACUCCUUCGAGCAACGAGUCGACGGUAUCACGGUGAACACCCUGACCUUCCCUAGCGUCGGAAGACAGCACCUGAACGCGAGGCUGGUCUGCCAGGCAUCCAAUACCAACCUCGCGCCGCCAGAAACCAAAGUCUUGAUAUUAGAUAUAAACUUGAAACCGAUAACAGUGAAUAUUCUAACCAAAGAGAAGCAAGUGUCGGCCGAUAAGCGAUACGAGAUCGAAUGCAAGACGACCGGUUCCCGACCUGACGCGACCGUCUCCUGGUGGAAGAACAAUAGGCAACUCAAACGGAUGGCGAAAAAUUUCUCGGAGAACAACGAGACACUGAGCGUUCUCAGCUUAGUGCCGAGCAUGGAAGAUGAUGGGAAGUAUUUGACUUGUCGCGCUGAGAACAAACACAUUCCGGACUCGGCCAUCGAGGACAAAUGGAGGCUUAACGUGCACUAUGUCCCCAUUGUGGAUCUGAAGAUGGGCUCCAAUCUGAACCCGAAUGAGAUAAAGGAAGGCGACGACGUGUACUUCGAGUGCACGGUUAAAGCGAACCCGAAGACUCACAGAUUGGUUUGGUUUCAUGAUAACGCGGAAAUUUUCCCAAACGAAGCGGCCGGAAUAAUCCUCAGCGCCCAAAGCCUCGUCCUGCAGAGCGUGACGCGGGGCGCGGCGGGGGAUUACACGUGUAUGGCGGCGAACAGCGAGGGCAAAGGAACGAGCAACCCCGUCUCUUUGCUGGUCAGAUAUGCGCCCGUCUGCGCCGAGCGACGGGACAGUGAGCUGUUCGGUGCACUCAAGCACGAAACUGUGAUGCUGCACUGCUCCGUCGACGCCAACCCGGCCGUGCUCUCCUUCCACUGGACUUUCAACAACUCUGGGGAACAGGCGGAAAUACCGCCGAGGUUCUACAAGAACAACGGGCACACCUCGACGCUGAACUAUACGCCGAGUACAGAUAUGGAGUACGGAACGCUCGCGUGCUACGGCGAGAACAAUGUUGGCCAGCAGAAAGUGCCUUGCGUGUUCCAGCUGGUUGCAGCCGGUCGUCCUUUCCAACUGCAAAACUGCACAGUAGCAAAUCAAAGCUUGGACUCGUUAUACGUGGAGUGCGUUGAGAACUUUGAUGGUGGCCUGCCACAAACAUUCCUAAUGGAACUGCUAGAACUUCCUUCACUAACGGUACGGUACAACGUCUCGACGAACAGAACCCCACCGUACUUUGAGAUUCGUGGUCUUCCACCAGGUGUAAGCUACAGAAUAGACUUGUAUGCGGUCAACGCGAAAGGCCGAAGCGAUGUUUCUACUAUAGAACACGUCACUCUAAAGGGGCACGCCAAGUUUACAGGAGAAAGCCACUCCUUGGGAGUGUCUCCUGUAUUAGCAUCAAUAGCAGCAAUGUCUGCGCUGCUAGCGACAGCAGUUUGUGGCAUAUUGGCAGUGCUAUACCGACGGCACGCUAGGCACAGACAUUUGCCAGCGAAACACGCACCAUUAAGCGAGGCAAUGUACACCGAACGAGCCGGUCAGUGCCCGACACCGGUGAAGCAGGAGGCGUGCGGAGAAGUGUGCAGUGUGGGGUCGGGUGGUGGAGGAGCAGCGGGCGCCCUGCUCAGGGAAGACCCGACUGAUGACGCUGAUCCUGACAUUAUACCAAAUUUGUUUGAACGUCGUCCAGUAUCCAAUGGGUACAUGAGCCUGCAACGUCCGAUGUCAAACAGCAAGCUGAGCAAGAGCGAAGAAGCCAGAUCUGAACCGGAUGGAGGAGGUGGAUAUUAUGACUUCCGGAAGAAAGACUAUAGGAUACCUUUAACUAGUUCGUACCAUAGCUUAGGGCGGGCGAAUAAGGGCGUGACCACGAGUCCUAGCUCUGGCGGUGGUGUGACGUCAUCGCUGACCGCGCACCGCCUUCGACCAGAAGUGGUGACCACGUCCCACCGGGUGCAGGAGAGUUGUAUAUAG